GCGCGGAGUUUCCCGCAUGCUCAGUACCUGAGGUAGGGGAGCCUUCCCUCCCGGAGUGACCUACUGACAGUCCGAAAGCGCGGUACUGGACCCAACGAGGGACUGGGUCUCCAUAACGCGUUUUUGCUGUUCUUGAAGAGUCUUUGGUCCAACGUUGUUCCAGGUUUGUCAACGUUUGCAUGAUUUAUUUGGAUUUCCCUGGAAAUAUAAUUGCUGGUUCAAAAGAUAUAGUUUACCAUGGCUUCCAGUAACGCUGUGUUGAUGCGGUUGGUAGCCUCAGCAUAUUCUAUUGCUCAAAAGGCAGGAAUGAUAGUCAGACGUGUUAUUGCUGAAGGAGACCUGGGUAUUGUGGAGAAGACCUGUGCAACAGACCUGCAGACCAAAGCUGACCGAUUGGUACAGAUGAGCAUAUGUUCUUCAUUGGCCCGGAAAUUCCCCAAACUAACAAUUAUAGGGGAAGAGGAUCUGCCUUCUGAGGAAGUGGAUCAAGAGCUGAUUGAAGAUGGUCAGUGGGAGGAAAUACUGAAGCAACCAUGCCCAUCGCAGUACUGUGCUAUUAAAGAAGAAGAUCUUGUGGUCUGGGUUGAUCCUCUGGAUGGAACCAAGGAGUAUACUGAAGGUCUACUUGAUAAUGUAACAGUUCUUAUUGGAAUUGCUUACGAAGGAAAAGCCAUAGCAGGAAUUAUUAACCAGCCAUAUUACAACUAUGAGAACAAUGAAAAGCAGCAGUUAAGGGAACACAGGAAUGAAGCAAAGGCGGGACCAGAUGCUGUGUUGGGGAGGACAAUCUGGGGAGUUUUAGGUUUAGGUGCCUUUGGGUUUCAGCUGAAAGAAGUCCCUGCUGGGAAACACAUUAUCACAACUACCCGAUCCCAUAGCAACAAGUUGGUUACUGACUGUGUUACUGCCAUGAACCCCGACGAUGUGCUGCGAGUAGGAGGAGCAGGAAAUAAGAUUAUUCAGCUGAUUGAAGGCAAAGCCUCUGCUUAUGUAUUUGCAAGUCCUGGAUGUAAGAAGUGGGAUACUUGUGCUCCAGAAGUUAUUUUACAUGCUGUGGGAGGCAAGCUAACUGAUAUCCAUGGGAAUGUUCUUCAGUACCACAAGGAUGUGAAGCAUAUGAACUCUGCAGGAGUCCUGGCCACACUGAGAAAUUAUGACUACUAUGCAAGCCGAGUUCCAGAAUCUGUUAAAAAUGCACUUGUUCCUUAAAAGAAAGUUUCAUUUGGCUGGGCACGGUGGCUCAUGCCUGUAAUCCCAGCACUUUGGGAGGCCGAGGCGGAUAGAUUGCUUAAGCUCAGGAAUUUGAGACCAGCCUCAGCAACAUAGUGAGACCCCAUCUCUACAAAAAUACAAAUUAGCUGGGUGUCCUGGUAUGCGCCUAUAGUCCCAGCUACUUGGGAGGCUGAGGCAGGAGAAUCGCGUGAGCCCAGGAGGCAGACAUUGCAGUGAGCUAAGAGUGCACCACUGCACUCCAGACUGGGUGAC